AUGCGUUCCUUCCUCACUGUCCUCCUCGCAGGGUUCGCCGUGGCAGCGCGACCCUUUGAGGACGCGCCGGACACAGGUAUCGACGAGGCUCUCGGCAGCACGCCCAACGACACCCUGGCCCCGCUCGAUAGAAUGGUUGGCCUGAACGACUUUGGUUGGGCCGCGGAGAGGUAUUUGAACGCUUCCAGCUGGGCCUUCUACCGUGCCGGGGCCGGUGGCGAGUGGUCAUUCCGCAACAACAUGGAAUCCUUCGCCCGGGUGACCUGGAAGCCGCGCGUGCUCGUUGGCAUCACCAAAGUGCCCAAUACCAUGAACACCACCCUCUUUGGCCACCAACUUCUCAGCACCAACGUGCUCUACGUCGCCUCCAUGCACGCCACCAAGAGCCUUGACGAGAUCGCGGCGGCCAAGGCUGAGGGCCAGGUCACGGCACACCAGUUCUACAACGAGGGCACCGACGCCGACACUCUGAAGUACUUCAACGAUGUCAAGGCCGCCGGCGGCAAGGCCAUCUUCUUCACUGUCCACUCUGCCGGCGACGGCAACCGCCACCGGGCCGCCCGCGACGAUGUUACUUCCUCGGACUCGGGCUACUCCUUUAUUUCCUGGGACUACUACAAACACCUUCAGAACAUGACCAGCCUGCCUGUAAUCCCAAAGGUCGCCCUCGAGAUCUACCAGGAGGCCCCUGGGAUCUUCCAGCAGAUCGACGUCUACGCUGAUGGCGGUGUCCGGUAUGGCUCCGAUGUGCUCAAGCUGCUUGCCCUCGGGGUCAAGGCCGUUGGCGUCGCCCGCCCCUUCGCCUUCGCAAACAUGUAG